AUGGGUAAAAAUAAAAUGAUAGCGAAGAGUUGUCCCAAGUGUGAAAUGCAGGCAACAGUAGCGUCUAAGUCAUGCAAGUGCGGACAUACUUUCUUUGCCUCACGGAGAGGUGCGGACUCUUUGCCAGCAGUAGAAGACAUCAGACGGAGAACCGGACGAGUGAGAAGAUCCCAACCACAGUUCUAUGAUGCCCAACAUUAUCAGAAACAGAUUAAAAGACGGUCGCCAAAGAAGAGAUCCCUAUCAAGAUCAUUGGAUGAAGAUAUAAAGCCCAAAGACAAAAGUGAUAGCGCUCGUGCUCGCCGUCGUCGUGCCCUGAGGCGUGCCCAACGGCCCGCGCCCACCAAUUCCGGAGAAAGAACCCGCGACCCCACGCCGCAGCUCCGGCCCCCACAGCUGGCCAGAUGUCGACUAAUUCUUCAAGAGAUCAAUAGAAAAAUAUCAGCAGUCACUUGGCAGCCCCCAAGUGAUUCAUAG